CCGCUCCCGAACGGUACCUAUAUAAGUUGACUCGCGGCCGGUGUAACACCGAACCUAUAACACAAUCGCCUCUGCCUCAUCAGCUGCGAGACAUGCGUCUUCCCGUGCUGUUUCUCUUGUCUUGCAUCGGCCUUGCGCUCGCCCAGGACAAUCGGUACCCGGUGACCACGCCGGUGCCCAUUUUGAAGCAGAUAAAUAAACACAAUGAGGACGGUAGCUACAGUUACGGGUACGAGGCAGCGGAUGGUUCUUACAAGAUCGAAUCGAAAUACCCGACUGGCGAGGUGUACGGGAAGUACGGGUUCGUGGACGAUACCGGGAAUGUUCGAGAGGUCGAGUACGGAGCGUCGAGGCGCGGAUUCGAGCCAGCAGGUCCUGGGAUAAACGUGCCGCCGCCAACCUUGACUGGUAACAGCAUCGCGAAUCCUAACCAACCCGAGGACGACGGCCAAUACAGAGAGGAUCCAUCUGUUUAUUACACGGAUCCUCGAUACACCAACGGAGAACGAUACGAUCCUGUCGCUCGUCGACCUUUGGCCCAGAAUCAACCGCGGCCAAUUCCCGCGCCCAUCUACAAUCCACCCAGGUAUCCGACGCAAGUGCAGUACCAACCGAAGCCGCAGUAUCAACCAGAGUAUCGACCGCAGUACCGAUCGCAGUAUCAACCGCAAUAUCAGCAGCAGCAGCAACGAUCCGCGUACCCAGCCGCGCCGAUUCAAAGCGGGAUCCAAGGUCGUCCGGCACCCGUUGACCCGAACGCCGGUUUAGCCUCUUACACGGUUAACUACAAACGAUAGAGACGACCAUCGAUCUCGUCAACCCUGUGUAAAUAUCGUUAGCGUUAUCCGUACCGAACGUAGUAGUUGCAGCGAUUGUAGUUUCGGGCCAGUUCGUUCAUUCCCAUUGAAUUCGGUUUCGUCUUUUUUUUUUUUUUUUUUUUUUUUUUUUUGUUUCUUGGUAACCACGCUGUUAACGUUAUUUUUAUUUUCUUUUCCUCUUUGGUUAAACGUUCGAACAUGGUUGACAUUCGAAGGACGGAUGAAAUUUAAACGACGUUGAAACUUGGAAGUUUGGAAAUUUCCAUCUUUUUUUUUCUUUUUAACUAGAAUAACGAAGGUUCAAGCUUAAAUUUCUCGUGUCUUCGAAUGUUAGUUUGAACGAUGGUGUAUCUGUAUAGCGUAAUUCAUCUUCUGUCGUUUCACGGAAAUUUUGCAACAUUCUCCGACUGAUUUUCGAUCGUUGAUAAAUUCCUCUAAUGUUCGCGCGAAUCAGUCCAACUUUCGUGCUAGCGAUAGCUUCAGGAUGCUGAUUCGAUUGUGAAGUUGUGUCUCAAUCUGGCGUCGAAUCGCUUGAGAUAAUAAUGUGGAGAGCACGAGAUGGUAUAUUCAGGAAGACACACUCUUUAAUAUUCCACGCGAUACUCUCGCUCUUUCUUAACUUCCGUUCUUGGCUAUAAUACUCCAACGUGGCAUGUCCAGUUAGACUCCUUGAAAGUAGUUCCUUUGUCAAACUCUACCUCCUUCUCCCUUUUCUACCUCUUUCUCUACCAGUUCUUUUUUUUACCUAUUCUCUCUACCUCUCUAGUUUCUAACUUCCAUGGCUCAUUGUCUCACUCGUUUACGUGUCUCGUUUAUUUAGUCGUUUCUCCGUGUCACCUCAAACGUCCGAUGUAUCAUGUCUCAAUUACAUUAUCCAUCACGCGUGUAUCAUUCGACGAUAGAAAGGAAACUUUGGCUUUUAAUCGUCCAACCCUCUAAUUCUGGCUAAGAUCAUGAUGCAAAUGACUGGAAGAUCGAUCAGUGUGGUCUAAAUCUAUUCUUUAUUGUUUGAUUUCGAACCCUUUGAACUCGUAUAUUAUGCUGGAAAAUUUACUAUAAAACUCGUACGUCAGUGCUAGAGAUGACAAUACAAAUUUACUCUGUGUGACAUUCUCACUUAAUAACCAUUUGUUGAACGUUUAUAAUGGUUAUUAUGCACUAAUUUGCCCAAUUUACUUUAAAAUAAGUACAAUAUUGAAAACAAAUCGAGUUCAAAGGUUUAGUAUCAAUUGUUGUAAAAUCAUCGUAACAUCGAAGAUUCUUAAAGACGAGCUAAAGAAACUGGUUAACAGCGUCAGAGUCUCUAGACUGUCAAUUUUCUUAUCUCGCGCCUGUAGAAUAAAAUAAAAAAAUAAAUAAAAAGCAAAAAGCUCGCGAGAAUUGGAGGUUUUAUGUACAUAUCAUACUUAUGUCGAACAACAACCGCGUUCUUCCGUCUUCGCGGACUCGCCCAACACCGGAAUGAAAACAAUUCGCGAGUUAUGCAAAAAAUUCGCGAUUCCAGUCCUGCGUUAAUCAUCAUCCUGUCGCGUGAAACACACGAACGAAAGCUGUGGCUGAAUUGAACUUGACACGUUGGUAAAAAAUGUCGCCAGAUAGUUGGCAUAACUAACGGUGCGGCCUUCAGAUGGCUAUCGAACGAUGCGAGCGAGCGAGCGAACGAACGUAGGCGAACCACCUUCGUGCGUCGCGAUUAUGUUCACCCGCGAGAUUCCUCGGUGGUGAACAAUCGAUGGCGCGACAUUUGCAUUCUAUCUGGCUGGUUUCCUUUUCCGUAGAAUUCGCAAGUGCAUUGCGUUGGCCACAAUUGAUUGCGUUCCCGCGUACAAAGAUUGGAAACACGUAGAAUCGGACGUAGGAUAGUCGUAGGAUAGUGUAAUGACAAUAGAGUAGAUACGGACGUUUAUGGUGGCUAAGGAAUUUCUAAAUUUGUUUGUUUGGACAUGGAAGAAGAUGCAAUUACAUAUAUAUGUUAUAUACAUAUGUGUGUGUGUGUGUGUAUAUGUUAGGGAUACUAAUAUUAUUUUGUGUAUCAGUUUCAUUGUUUUAUGUUAUCUACUCUGUAUCGUGUAAUAAAACAACUUUUGCAAAAAUA